AUGGCGCUCACCACGGCCGUCGUGGCCCAUGCCACCCGCGCUGCCCACGGCGCGGCGUCGACGGCGCGCAGCCGUGCUGGGUUCAGCAACGACGAGUCAGAGGAUGAGUUCCUGGCCUAUCGAGUGCAUACGCAGAACCUUGAGCUGAGCUAUUUGAGGGAUCCAGUGGGCCCGGUCUCGUUCACUCAGAUCAAGCAUGGGGGACGAACGAAGCCCUUCGACACUACGCUGUGCGCCACCACUUGCGGUGGGCUGGUGGUGAUCUUCACUGGUUUGGCCUUCCUCAUUGCCGCCAUCGCCAACUCCCGCAUUGAGAAUGUGGAGGAUUAUUCUCAUGAUGUGCGCGAAUGGCAAGAGUAUGAUCGACCCUUGCUGCAAGAGACGACCAUCAACAUGUCGGCACAACGGCUGAAUCAGAUGGGUUGGCUGGACUGUUGGAAUCAGAGGUUCACGGGUGAGCUGAUGUCCUCAAGCGAGGAAGGUUGGGAGUUUCACGACACGGAGGACAUGGAGGGCUUGGAGCAGUACCAACCUUUGAAGAAGGUCAUCGAGCUGGAAAUCCCUUGCCUCUAUCCCAACUGCUCCAUGGACUGGGUCUCCCAAAUCUUGCCACCAUGGCCAGAUGCGCCCAGAGCCUCCUUCCACUUUCAAGCCAGAGGUGGCGGAAAGCACUCCACCUUUGCCACUCCAGAGAUCCCCUUGCUCUUCGACCUCCCCACGGCCUUCCAGACGCCUCAACCACGGCUCCACUGCUGGGGCCCUGGUCGUGGCGUGUUUCGCCGGCCGGGCACCUGCCACCACGCGCAGCGCCUGGUGGAGCUUUGCUUGGCCGUGCAACUGGAGAGUGAUGGAUCUGGUUGGAAGCUGCGCCAUGCUUCACAGCAGCGCUCCUACAAUAGCACUCGCCGCAUUGGGACCUUUGGAUGCAAUCCUCAGAGGGGCUAUGAGCCCACGACCUAUCAGCGAGACUCAGCUGGAAUUGUUCAGAUUCGAAAGAAAACAAGUACUACCACGGACAAUGAAGUGAGGGGACGAGCUGGUUCCAAGCAUUGGUGA